CAAGGCCGCGCGGCGGGCCUUGCCUUCCUCUUUCCGCCAUCUUGGCGCCUGGGAAGGUGAGGGGAGUUUCUGCUACUCAACUUCGGGGCCGGAUUCCUGGGGCCUGCUGGGAACAGGACUUCUAAGUAGCAGAUAUGUCUGGAAGGCUGUGGUGCAAAGCCAUUUUUGCUGGCUACAAGCGAGGUCUCCGGAACCAAAGAGAGCAUACAGCUCUUCUUAAAAUUGAGGGUGUUUAUGCCCGAGACGAAACAGAAUUCUACCUAGGCAAGAGAUGUGCUUACGUGUAUAAAGCAAAAAACAAUACAGUAACUCCUGGAGGCAAGCCAAACAAAACCAGAGUGAUCUGGGGAAAAGUAACUCGGGCCCAUGGGAACAGUGGCAUGGUUCGUGCCAAAUUCCGAAGCAACCUUCCUGCAAAGGCCAUUGGACACAGAAUCCGUGUGAUGCUGUACCCUUCCCGGAUUUAAACUAAUGAAAAGUAAAUAAAUAAAAGUGGAUUUGUGCUCUUG